AUGCUCUGGCCUCGCGACGACUCCUCCGUGCGCACGGCCUUCUCCAACGACAUCGAGAACCUCCACCUGAUCUACGACUACGAUGCCGAAAACCCCUCCACCGGUGCCCCCGAAAAGUGGCGCUACGAGAUGUGGUUCCGCUCCGACAACCGCAUCGUCUACGCCAUCCACGGAGGACCCAUGGCAGGCCGCUUGAACUACCAGACCGCCGACUACCAGUGCAUCCGUCCCGGCGAACUCUGGCAGUGCAACUGGCUCGAAGAAACCGGCACCACCUGCUCGCUCGUAUACGACAUCAAGCUCGGCAAGAUCACCACCAUGCUCAACUUCUCCAAAGGCCACUGGGAAUACCCGGAAAAGGCUCAUGGCGAUAAGAGGAAGCAGGAGGAUUUCAACAGGUGGAAGGACCUCGCAAAGAUCGGAAUCCAGACGGAUAGGAAGAUCCUCAACGACCAGGCCAAGAUCUUGGAAAGCUUCAGGGGAAAAGGCGAUUUGGAGGACAUCGAUCUCGAGGCUCCGACGCUGUGA